AGGGAAGAGCUUUCUGAACUUAGCCGAGUUGCGCAAAUUAAGUACGUUCUUUCGUGGAUCGAAAUAAUAAUAACUAUAGUAUACUAACAAAUAUAGAAUAUAUUUUAUCUAUAUUCCUGGAGUAUACCUCGCUCUUGAUAUUGCGACGUUUAAUAGAGGAUUAAAAUUUAUUAAUUCAGAAUGGUUUGUGAAAAGUGUGAGAAAAAACUGGGAAAGGUAAUCACACCAGAUCCAUGGAAAAGCGGUGCUAGGAAUACGGUGGAAAGCGGAGGACGUAAAGUUGGUGAAAAUAAAGCUCUUUCUGCAGGAAAAGCAAGAUUUAAUCCAUAUACUGCUAAGUUUGAGACUUGCAGAAUAUGUAGACAAAAAGUACAUCAAGUGGGAUCACAUUAUUGUCAAUCAUGUGCGUAUAAGAAAGCUAUAUGUGCAAUGUGUGGUAAAAAAUUAAUGAGUACAAAGAAUUAUAAACAGUCUGCUACUUAGAGGAUGAACAUUUAUUUCUGAAUACAUCUUAUAAUAUUUAUAAGACCUCAAUUAGUUAAUAUUAAGGACAAAUGCAUAAAGGAAUUUACCUUAUGUAAUUAAAAAGAAAACUAGUUUUUUUUUAUUUAGUGAAAUAAAAGCUGUAAAUAUGUAAAAUGAUGAAUAGUUUGUAUUAACAAGUUGAUUCCCAUGGUGAUCAUUGAUAAUCAAUGCUACAAAUUUUAUAUCAUCAAAAAAUAAUUAGUAAAAAAGAGGGCAAACUUUGAGUAACGUUAGUAUUAUACUAAUAAUGCAAGGUUCCAGUGUAAAAGCUUACAUUUUAUGAAAAUGAACCAAUUGUAUGUAUAGGUAUGGGUUUUUUACUGUGGCAGUCAACGUGUUAAAUAAUAUUUGAACUACUUGAAUAUAAUAAUAAAGAUAAAAGUAUAAAGCUCAACUACAUUAUUAAAGGAUUAAAAUGCUUUAAAUUGAGAGUAUUAAUAAAAUAUAUUUACAACAUUUUACAUACAUACAUUAGAAAACAAAAUUUUAAACACUUUCU